AUGAACAAGUGGUUCAGCAAAAACGUGACUGCGGGGCGUGGAUUCUCGGCUUACAUGGCCGGCUUCCAGGAUUGGCCGUUUCCUUACGAGCUAGUCUUGUCCUCGUCUGAGAUGAAGGAUGCCGUGGUCGGCUUCCGUGACUGGCUCAUGGAGAGUCCACAUGUCACAGACCAUAUCUUGGCCGGCAUUCUACAGCCUGCUCUGGUCGAAGGCGAAGACCAAGCCUUCUUUCAGCUCUUCGGUCCCUUGCGGCUUCUCAACAAGGCACUUGAGUUCAACAGAGCCCAAAGAUCCAAGGCUUCGAGCACGUUGGAUCUUUAUAUCGCGCAGGCUGGGCUUGAGGAGUUGCCACAGCCUCUGCAGGACGAUGUCCCCGCUCCCGAGCUUGUCAAGCGCGCUGGGAAAGGCGACAUCUAUCAAUCGUCCUUGUGGCUUGGCACUGAGCCGACAUAUACGCCGCUACACAGGGACCCUAAUCCAAACCUUUUCUGCCAGCUUUGCGGCUGUAAGAUUGUAAGGCUGUUGCCGCCCUCUUCAGGUGACCGCUUGUACUUUGAAGUGCAAGCCAAGAUUCGUCAGAGGGGCAACAGUCGCAUCAGAACAACUGAAAUGAUGCAAGGAAAAGAGCGCAAAGUCUUGCAUGACGCUGUCUGGAACGAUGGCGAAGCAGGCGAGCUGCACGAAGCAGAGUUGAGCCCGGGAGAUGCCUUGUUCAUCCCGGACGGAUGGUGGCACUCGGUCAAGAGCAAGGAGGCGGACGGUCGGCUGAACGGCUCAGUCAAUUGGUGGUUCCGGUAG